AAGUUUCUUCUUCAACCCAUCAAUAUGAUUUGUGAUUCUCAAACAACUUCUAAUGACCCCACCUCUAAAAGCGAGAAUCAACCUGAUCUUAAUUUGAAACAUUUCCACCAAUAUUAUCUUACCGUGAUUCCCGUGACGCAAUUAAUACGCGAAACUGGACUGGAAUCAAAAUUAAAUGUCAAUGUUUUCUCAUCUCUUGAUUCCGUAUUGUUAACAUCUAAAUCGGUUAUUGAUGUUAACCGAAUCAAACCGAUUUCCAAGCCAGUUGAUCAAAACGCUUUAAAAGAAGUCCUUAAGGCUCGUCUUGGUGCUUAUUAUCAAUCGCCUGUGAUCACCGCGAACUCCAUCAGGCCAGAUUAUGUCUUCUCUUAUUACUCCAAUCCACCAAUGUGUAAAUUCAUUCGGAUGCUUGAUUCUUCUUCCAUCAAUUACUUAAUCCGAGUCUGUUCAUUUUUCGAGAUUGUCGAUGAAUCAUUCAUUCUUCAACGAACUGGACCAUAUUAUUGUGAUUUCGUCUGGAACAAGGAAACACCUUUGCAAGUACCAAAAACAAACAACGCUAAGAAAAACUCGUUGAAAAGGCCAAUCGAAACUUUGGACUGUCCACAACCUUUGAAGAAAACAAGUUUAAAUUGUGAUAAUUGGUGCCAAAAGUACAUUAAAUCUAAUCAACAAACUUCAGUUAUUACAAAGAGGAAAUUUCUUUAUGGUAAACAAACCAAUCGAUAUUUUAAUAGUCACUUAGAAACUACACCUCGUCAUCUUCUGUCACGGAUUUUCAGCUCGGUAGAUAUCGAACUGAAAAAUGAACUUUCAUUUGAACCAUUGGUAGAAAUCAUGGAUGAAACGAUUAAACGGAAUAAACGAUGUAAAUUCAAGUUCCUGAUGAACAAAUGUUGUCAUCCCGUCGAUUUAGACAUUUGUUUGGACACUUCGGAGGCCAUUCAGAGCUCAUUAAGAAGAUCAUUUAAUCACAAUCAAGUGAUCGCGUUUAUGUACAGCGUUUACUAUUACCUUUUCCCUCGAAAUCUUUUCGGUUCACGUUCUAAUUGUCAAGGUAUUUUCGAUCGAUUGAAAUUACUGGUAACCAGUGGAUCUAAAUUACGAUUCAUGAUAAAAAAUUUCACACCACAAAAUUUAGAUCUUAAUUCAUGUUCCUGGCUCAACGAUCUAAAGUGUAACCACAGGAAGAAAUAUUUUUUUGAUCUUUUCAUGAUUUGGUUAGUCGAUUAUUUCAUUAAUCUAUUGAAAGCUCAUUUCUACAUAACCGAAUCAACAAAUUUCAAAUUACACUUUUACUCUUAUCCUGUUUGGAAUAGUAUUCAAGAUAAAUUUCUCAAUAAGUUGACCAAAGAGAAAAAACUUAAACCGGUCAGUAUUGAAGAGAUUAAACAAGAGACUCGUUUGGACAAACUUUUACUUCGAAGUUCAAAUCUUCGAUUCAUACCUUGUUCUAAUAAGUUACGAGUAAUCAACAAACUUCGAGUCGAGGCUGGUAAAAACGAGACUCGUUCGUGUCUUCAAAUUUUGUCUUAUUUCUUGGGUCGACUUGUUGACCAUUCGGCUGCUCAAAGACAUCGACAAAAUAUGAUCACUUUAAAAGAGAUCAUGAACUCAUCUCAAGAAUCUAAAUUGUACUUUGUCAGGGUGGACAUUGUUAAUUGUUAUCCAUCCAUUGAUCAAGGUAAAUUGUUCGAUUUACUCUGUGAUAAACUUGAUCGAAAAUUUUCCAAUGCAUCAACAAAAGAUCCACUAAAGAUCAAAGAGUUCGAUCUGGUAAAACCUUUCGUCACCAAAUUACAAGUGAAAAAGCAUCACUUUAGUAUUGAAAGUCGAACACAAUUUACCGAACUGAUCAAUAACCUUUCUAAUAAUAGAAAAAAUUGUGUCGUCGUUCCCAAACGAUCUUUGACCAAAUAUUUUCUUCAAGAUAUUCGAGCUCUGUUUCGAAGUUACAUUCUAACUCCUUAUCUUCGACUUGGACCCAAUCGAUAUUAUCAACUAAUCAAGGGAAUUCGUCAAGGUGGAAAUUUAUCAAGUGGCUUAUGCUCUUUAUACAUAACUCAUGUAUUGGAAAAUGUUGUCGGUAAUUUUGGCCUGGAAAAUGGUGAAGGUCGAUUGAUUAUCGAAGAUGACAUGGUCUUCAUUUCCAGGUCACUUGAGAGAGCAAAAAAUUGUUUAACUUCAAUGUUAUCCGAUUUUCCUAAUUAUGGAUUAGAAAUUAACACGAAAAAGUUACAAUUUAAUUUCUCUUUUCCAACUAAUCCUCUUUGCCAAUCAGAAUUUUUCACCUUCCAGGGAAGAGAUAUUCAUCUUAAUUCCAAGACAAUUCGUUACAAUUACGAUAAAUAUCAAACCGAAAAUUGUCAAUACUUUUUCCAUUGUAAUCCAUUUUCUCCGAAAGUUGACAUUAAGAAGAAUUUAAUUAGCAAUCUAAAUCUUUCAAUUCUUUCCUGGGAUCUUGAUUGUAGUAUGUUGGAUGAUCAAUCAGUCGCCUUGAAUAUUUACCAACGAGCAUUAUUACAAUCAUCUAGAUUGUCCAGUUAUCUUGUAUCUUCACCGAGAUAUCGAAGUGAACAAGUACCUAAAUUGUGGAUUAGUUUUGCUCACAGUUUUGCCAAAAGAUUGUUUGCAAUUAAGGAGAAAUUAAUAGCGAAAAAGAUGAUCGAUUGUCCAUUAACAUUAAAUCAGAUUGAGUGGUUGACUAAUGAAGCCGUUUUUAGACAACUGGGAACAUUGAAGAUGAAACAUCGGAAACUGGAUGAAAAAUUUUGCUCGUUUUUGUACACCUCGAGAAAAUUAGUUUGCUCUUCAAUGAGAAAAAAGUAUCUGGAUUAUAUCAAGAAAGAAAACAAUUAUAAUCCAAAUUCUGUAACUCUAAUCUAAAGUAGGCAAAAUAAAUUGAUGGAAAUUUGAAAAUAAAAAUGAAAUGAUGUGUAAGCAUUUACAAUUAAGCAAAGCUUUAAUUUAUAGAGGUUCAUCAAGAAAAUUAAUCAAAGUCUAGAUUAAACUUGGCCAAAGCAUAA